CCACUAUUGGUCUAAAUCUUAUGGGAUUCAUAAAGUGGAAAUGAUUGGUAUUUAUAUGUUAGAGUUUGCACAAUAUUUUUGCAAAUGAGCCUGCAUCAAUUCAAAAUGUGGUAAAACUGAUGGGAUUUGUAUUGGAUCUACCUAAACUAAGUCAUCAAAUUACAAGAAGAAAAGAAAAUUUGCAAACAUGGAUGCUUUUGAAGAAUCAAAGAAAGAUAUGAAUAUUUGGAGAUUAUUUUCGCAGUCUUCUGCAGCCAUUUUUCUACAUGGGUUUUCUGCUUCUUCACACCUAAUUUUUUUAUUAAUUUUAUCCACUUCUUGGGUUUGCAAGAGAUGCAGGAUGCCUAACCUUGAGAAUUCAAAAUCAGCAUUGAAGAAUUCAUACAUUUUAUACUAUUGGGCAGCCCUAAUAUCUUGCAUGAGUCUAUCUUUUUGUGAUCUACUCCUAUACGUGUUAAACUACCUCUCUGUGUAUAAACGUGGUUGGUCUGAUUUAAAGAUUGUUGCCCAAUUGGACUUUACAUUCAGAACACUUACUUGGUUUGUAAUCUCUGCUUACUUGCACAUCCAAUGUUCUCAUUCAAGUGAGCGCAAGUUUCCCAUUCUACUAAGGAUUUGGUGGGCCUUCUACUUCCUAAUGUCUUGUUCCUUUCUUGUUAUACUUCUUGAUUUGUAUUGGAAAUAUUCAUCCUUACCAUUACUACUAUGGGUUUCUAAUGUUGUAUCCAUUAUUACUGGUUUGUUCUUUUGUUAUGCUGGGUUAUUUGGCAAAGGACGAGAAGAUAUAUAUUUCCAUUUCUUGGAGCCUCUUUUGAAAACUAGUUCUAGUCAAAACAAUAGUGACGAUAAACAAGGACCAUGUAUCGGUGGAGAAAAUGUAAUUCCUUAUGAAAAUGCCAAUCUUAUUAGUACUUUUACUUUUGCUUGGAUUUACCCGUUGCUUGCACUCGGGUAUAAAAAAACAUUGGACCUCGAAGAUGUUCCUCGACUUGCCAAUUGUGAUAGCGCCAAUGUGGUCUUUGCUCAUUUUAAAAGUAAACUUAAAUUUGAUCAUGGUAAUGGUGGUCAGAUAAGCACACACAAUCUGGUUAAGGCAUUGAUUUUCUUAAUGUGGAAAGAAAUACUAUGGACUGGUCUACUCUCUAUUGUUUGCACAUUGGCUUCGUAUGUUGGGCCUUACCUUAUUGAUGCCUUUGUUCAGUAUCUCAAUAGCUCCCACGCACCAAAAUAUAAAGACUAUGCACUGGUGUUCAUUUUCUUUCUUGCAAAGCUCAUAAGGGGACUUUCAGAUAGACACUUGUUCUUUCAAUUGCGAAAGAUGGCAAUUAGGGUUCGUACUGCCUUAUUUGCAAUAAUCUAUAAGAAGAGUCUCAAGCUUUCUAGCCAUGCAAAGCAGAGCCACACUAGUGGGGAGAACAUUAACUUGAUAUGUGUUGAUGUUGAGAGGAUUGCAUUUUUCAGUUGGUACUUGCAUGAUAUAUGGCGGGUGCCUAUUCAAAUUGUUCUAGCAUUGUUGAUCUUGUACAUGAACCUUGGGCUUGCUUCACUUGUAUCUUUUGUUGUCAUAAUGAUUUUGAUGUUAGCAAAUAUUCCAGUGGGAAAACUACAAGAGAAAUUUCAAGCGGAAUUAAUGGAUUCAAAGGAUCGAAGGAUGAAGGUAACAUCUGAGGCUUUGAGGAAUAUAAGAAUUCUCAAGCUCCAGGGUUGGGAGAUGAAAUUUAUGGCAAAGAUAAUCAAGCUCAGGAAAUUUGAAACAAGAUGGCUAAAAAAGUUACUUUAUACCUUGGCUAUGACUUCGUUCUUUUUCUUGUCUGCUCCCAUGUGUGUAUCUGUGGUUACUUUUGGGUUCUGUGUGCUUAUGGGAAUUCCACUAGAGUCGGGGAAGGUUCUAUCUGCAAUUUCAACAUUUGAGAUAUUGCAGGUACCCAUUUAUAAUCUCCCAGACACAAUCUCUAUGAUAGUUCAGACUAAAGUUUCUCUUAAUAGGAUAGUCUCAUUCCUCUGUCUUGAUGAUCUUCAUCCGAAUAUAGUACAAAAGCUUUCAAGAGAUGGUUCUGAUGUUGCAGUUGAGAUAGUCAAUGGGAAUUUCUCUUGGGACCUUUUCUCCCCUAAUAUAACAUUAAAAAAUCUUAAUUUUCAAGUGUACCAAGGUAUGCAAGUGGCUGUAUGUGGUUCUAUUGGGUCAGGUAAGUCAAGCCUACUUUCAUGCAUAUUGGGGGAAAUGCCGAAAAUAUCUGGAGCCAUUAAGUUGAAUGGGACGAAGGCCUAUGUUGCACAAUCACCUUGGAUACAGAGUGGCAAGAUCAUAGACAAUAUAUUGUUUGGUAAGGAGAUGGAGGAGGAAAGGUACGAGAUGAUCCUUGAAGCAUGUUCGUUGAAGAAGGACCUAGAAUUGUUUGCCUUUGGAGACCAAACUAUCAUAGGGGACAGGGGGGUCAACUUAAGUGGUGGGCAGAAACAAAGAAUUCAGAUUGCACGUGCUUUGUACAAUGAUGCUGAUAUUUAUUUGCUUGAUGAUCCUUUUAGUGCUGUGGAUGCUCACACAGGAACUCACCUAUUUAAGGAGUGUUUGCUGGGAAUUUUGAAUUCAAAAACAGUAAUUUAUGUUACACACCAAGUAGAGUUUUUACGUUCUGCUGAUCUUAUUCUGGUUAUGAGAAAUGGAAUGAUUACUCAAGCAGGAAAGUAUGAAGAAAUUCUUAGUUCAGGAACUGACUUUAUGGAGUUAAUGGAUCCACAGAAGAAAGCUUUAGCAAAACUUAAUUCUAUUGAUCGUGAGGCUAUUUUGGAUAAUUUAGUUAAUGGUGAGGAAGAUGGUGAUAUAUUGUGUAGUGAGAAAUCUAUUCAAGAUGAUGAGGAAAGGGACCCCAAAAAUUACAAAACAGAUAAACUAAUUGGGCCAGAAGGGCAGCUUGUCCAAGAAGAAAAGAGAGAAAAGGGUGAAGUUAGUCUUUCAGUUUACUGGAAAUAUAUUACUACUAUAUAUAAAGGGGCUUUAAUACCGCUGAUAUUGUUGGCACAUAUUUUUUUUCAUCUUCUCUUAAUAGUCAGUUGUUACUGGAUGGUGUUGGCUACUCCCGUUUCAAAUGACGUGAGACCUUAUGUUUCAGGAUCCACUCUCAUCUUUGUUUAUGUUGCUUUGACCUUUGGAAGCUCUUUUUGUGUACUUAUAAGGUCCAUGCUCAUUGUAACUGUUGGGUGCAAGACUGCCAAUCUGCUCUUCAACAAAAUGCAUUCGUGUAUUUUUCGUGCACCACUGUCAUUUUUUGAUUCUACUCCAAGUGGAAGGAUUCUAAAUCGGGCAUCCAUAGAUCAAAGUGUAGUUGAUACCUCUAUUCCACAUCAAAUUGAAGAACUUCUUAUCUCAAUCAUAGGAUUUUUGGGAGCUACUGCAGUAAUGUCACAGGUUGCAUGGAAAAUGUUAAUAGUUUUUAUUCCGAUGACGGUGACUUGCAUUUGGUACCGGCAAUUCUACAUAUUUGCAGCCCGAGAGUUAUCACGGCUGGUCGGAGUGUGCCAAGCUCCAAUUAUACAGCAUUUAGCUGAAUCUAGUUUAGGUUUAACUACAAUCAGAUGCUUCAAUAAAGAAAAGAGGUUUAUGGACACAAACUUCAAGCUGGUAGAUGCGUAUUCCCGACCCAAAUUUUAUUUCUCUGGUGCAGUUGAGUGGUUAUGCUUCCGCAUGGAUAUGUUGGCAUCAAUCACAUAUGUCAUCUUUUUGAUUUUUUUGAUCUUAGUGCCAAAGGGAGUACUCAGUCCUGGUGUUGUGGGUUUAGCAGUCACAUAUGGGCUUAGUUUAAGUAUGCAGGGGGUUGUCUGGGAUCUUAGUAGUCUUGAGAACAAAAUGAUAUCUGUUGAGAGAAUACUACAAUAUGCCUGCAUCCCUAGUGAACCUCCUCUGUCGGUCAAAGAAAAUAUGCUAGGUCGUGAAUGGCCUUCACAAGGGAAAAUUGAUAUUGUUGAUCUGCAGGUCCGGUAUGCCCCACACCUUCCUCUUGUCUUGCGAGGUCUCACAUGCACUUUCCCUGGAGGGAUGAAUAUUGGCAUCGUUGGUCGAACAGGAAGUGGUAAAUCAACUCUCGUACAAACUCUCUUCCGCAUUCUUGAACCUACAAUUGGUCAAAUUUUGAUAGAUGGUAUCAACAUAUCUAAAAUUGGUCUUCAUGACUUGCGAUCGAGAUUGAGUAUCAUCCCGCAGGACCCAAUAAUGUUUGAGGGGACUCUAAGAAGUAAUCUUGACCCACUUGAAGAGUAUACUGAUGAACAGAUCUGGGAGGCUUUAGAUAGAUGCCAACUUGGUGAUAAAAUUCGAAAGGAGGAAGGGAAGCUUGAUUCUGCAGUGAUUGAGAAUGGAGAAAAUUGGAGCAUGGGUCAAAGGCAACUAGUUUGUUUAGGGCGGGUAUUACUCAAGACGAGCAAAGUGUUAGUACUUGAUGAAGCUACUGCGUCAGUAGAUACUGCAACUGACCAUUUAAUUCAUCAAACGAUUAGAAAACACUUCUCAGGAUCUACUAUCAUCACAAUUGCACAUAGGAUAACAUCAAUUCUUGAUAUUGAUAUGGUCCUCCUUCUCGAUAAUGGCAUUAUACUGGAAUAUGAUUCCCCAGCUAAAUUAUUAGAGGUCAAGUCUUCAUCAUUUGCAAAGCUUGUUAAUGAGUAUACUCAAAGAUGUAGUUCCUAAUUU